AUCCCCUUAUUUGUUUUUCUGUUUUAUUUUUUUUUUGUUUUUUCCGUGUGCUAUUCUAUUUUUUUUUUUUCUUUCGGUUUUAAAUAAAUAAAAGGAAAGAGAGAUAUACAUACUUGCGUUACAACUGUUUGAUAUCUCGGACGGGAGUGAAGUUUGUUCUCUUCUCUAUACGCUAAUUGAUUCGUACGUGGUGAUUCCAAUGCGCGCAGAAACGCGAAUUCAAGUGAACUGACCUCUCCAUACAAGUGGCAAGUUAAAACGCGACCGACUUCUUUUUUCUACAACGAUAAAAUAAUAUCAAACAAAAAGAGAGAAGUGAAAUUUCAUUCGUUGAAAAAAAGAAAAAAAAAACAAUCGAAAAAAGAUGGAUGGUCUCAAGAUGGCACAACAGCAUCACCACUCUCUCAGUGCGGCCAUGAUGGCCAAAGGACUUUUCGGUGGCGGAGCGGCAGCCGCCGCUGCCGGGAUGGCCGGUCUAGCCGCUAUGGAUCCUCGCAGUUUGGCCAUGGCCGCUGCUUUUCUGCCCGUCAAUUUGACUCUGGACGGGCGGCUUCAUCCGCAUCAUCACCAGGCGGCCGCGGCCGCAGCCGCUGCCGCCGCCGCUGCCGCCGCCAGCCUCCAGCACGGACUGCACCAAUUGCAACAAGAAGCCCGUCACUGUCAGGCGAUGAAUCGAGCGGACAGUUCGAAUGGCGAUCGUUCACCGACGCCACCCACCCCGAUGAUGGAAACGUGGGUUCUGAUCCCGCCGGAGCUCUCGCUCGUUCUCCAGCCUCCGUCGCAACAAGCGCGCGUCUGGACCCGUGUCCCAGUCACGCAAGGACGCCGUUGGUCGCCUUUCCAAGGCACCGUCCGUCUCGGCGUCAUGCCAUCGACGGCCGCAUCCGACGCCGACACAGAGAUACAACAGCGUUAUCACAGCAGCGGUUGCUACGAGGAAGUGACGGAGGUGCCCUGUCUAGCUGGACUUUCGGCCGGAGCCGCAACGCGCAAAGUGCGACACUGCAACUGGGUUCGUUUCCUCCGUCCGUCUCCACUUUUCACUCCGCUCGUCAACGUCGUCUGCUCCAAAAUCAAAGGUGAACCCGUUUAUGAAGCAGUCCGUCCUAUUGGCGCCAAUAUGGAACUGAUUGUUUUCUACCUACCUGGCCUUCACGAUGAUGACGAGGAAUUGCUUUACGGAGGUCUACCUGCCGUUCGUUCUCUUCGUUCGUCAUUAUUUCGCCGCACAAUGGGUCUCAUCUUGCAAGAUAGCCCUCUGGACUUGUCCUUGUCGCUGUUGACGUCAUCGUCCUGUUCAGCCUCGUCGCCAACACCUGAUGAUCAACAACAACAGCAGCAGCAGCAGCAACAACAAAAACAAAAGCAGCAAAAUGUGGCUGGAUCGAAUGUAACCACAUCUGGUGGAGCUUCGGAUGGCCGUCAAUCUGUUUCUAGCGAACAAUCAGCUGGAUUGUCUUCAGGAGCUGAUGAAAUGGCCAGCAACACGUCCGGAUUGGAUGCUUCAUCCGACGCUUUAGGGCUCAUUCAGAGUCAUUUGAGCCAUCAUCAUAGUCUUCAUCAUCAUCAAAUGGGAGCCUCGUCUAACGUGGCAUCCAACAACGGUGGAGGACGAGGAGGUCGAGCUAGUGGAAUGACGUCUGUUUCAUCAGCUUCUUCUGGCCGUCCUGCCCGCCAGCGACCUUUGCUUCCUUGCCAGGUAUCUUGUCCCGCAUUCGACCGGCCUUCGCUGCUCAACCGUCACAUGCGCACCCAUACCGGUGAAAAGCCACACGUUUGUGACGUGUGCGGCAAGGGAUUCUCGACGUCGAGUUCGCUCAACACGCACCGGCGGAUCCACAGCGGCGAGAAGCCCCACCAGUGUCCCGUUUGCGGCAAACGCUUCACCGCCUCUUCCAACCUUUACUACCACCGGAUGACUCACAUCAAGGAGAAACCGCACAAGUGCGCUCUCUGCUCCAAGUCGUUCCCGACGCCCGGGGACUUGAAAUCGCACAUGUACGUGCACAGCGGCUCGUGGCCGUUCAAGUGCCACGUCUGCUCGCGCGGCUUCAGCAAGCACACCAACCUCAAGAACCAUCUCUUCCUGCAUACCGGUGACAAGCCGCAUGCCUGCGAGUUAUGCAACAAGCGUUUCGCCUUGGCUUGCAACCUUCGCGCCCACAUGAAAACCCACGAAGGUGAGCCCCAGGAGGAGUGCGCCCGUUGCGGCAAGACGUUCCUGAUGCUCGUCGGCGGUAGCGGCGGGGGGUCGCAGGUGGGCAGCGACGUCACGGGCCUUUGCAACGAUUGUUCGGGCGCCACCGACAACGACAAGGAAGAGUUGGAAGAAGAUUCGGAUGCUGGUGGCAUCAGCGAUGUCAGCGCAGAUGGAGACGUCGACGUCGAUAACGAACAAGACUAAAAAAAAAAAAAAAAAAAACGACAGCGAAAAAGCAUUUUGCCUUUGCUGGGAACAAGCAGAAUUUUUGUUUGUUUUGGAAUUGAAUCGAUGGAUAUUAGAAACGGAAGCGUUUUAGGUAGGGUCGAUUUUAUUUGAUGAAAUAAUUUAAAAUGUUGGAAGAUAUUGUGCGUUUUUUUUUUUUUCUUUUUCAAUUAUUCAUUAGACGGUAUUAAUGUGUCCCCUUGUUUCAAUUUCCAUUUUCUA